AUGUCUCUCAAAACCUCCUACCUCCUAAUCUACAACACCAUCAACGCCCUCCUCUGGACCCGCAUUCUCUUCACCUUACUCUCCUCCAUCGUCCUCCUCGUCCCCCCAAAAACCCUCUACACAACCCUCGAACCCUGGACAAGAUGGACCCAAACCCUCGCCAGCCUUGAAAUCCUGCAUUCCGCCCUUGGCCUCACCCGCUCCCCCAUCUUCACAACCUUCACGCAGAUCUUCGCCCGCAGCGUCCAAGUCUGGGCCAUCAACUACGCCUUCCCGGAGGCCACCACUACGACGGUGGCCGUCUACCCGGCCAUGCUGCUGGCGUGGUCCUUCGCGGACGCCAUCCGGUACACGUAUUUCGCCGUGCUGAGUGUGGCGGGCUCGUCGGCGGUGCCGCGGUGGUUGCGGUGGUUGCGAUACUCGCUUUUCCUGGGUCUCUACCCCAUCGGGAUCGCCAGUGAAUGGUGGUUGAUGUUCCGGGCGACCCUGGUGACGGACAGCGUCGCGGUGAAGGGGAUCUUUGUCUUCUUUUUGGGGUUGUAUGCGCCUGGUUCGGUGAUGAUGUACAAGCAUAUGGUCAAGCAGAGGCGCAAGGUUUUGUCUGCCGCUGCUUGA